AUGGCAAGUAAAGGCUCGGUGAAGAAAAGUGGGAAGUCGUCCACCAAAAAAAUGGCCAAAAGUAGAAUUACGAAACAACAAAAGAUCAAGACAAAGUUGCAAGUCGAACAAGCAAACAAGAAGGCCUUCCUAAUAUCCGAUCUCAAUCAAAGAGAUGGUUUGAAUUCAAAAAGUAUUGGAUCGAAAUCUUUGAAGCUCAAUAGACUUCUUGAAGACCAGCAGAAGGAUAAGCAUACGCAAGAAAGUCUUGCUCAACAGAAAAAAGAUACAGAAAGCGAUAUGGUACAACAACUGGAACUGAUCUCAGGAGUAUCACUGUAA